UGACAUAAAAACCAUGUAAAAUCCCUACAGAAAAGUAUAGUAAACUCAAAAACACAAUUUUCCUGCUUCAGUCACAGUGGACUUUUGUAAACUAUUAAAUAUAAUGUUUUUGUUAUAUUUACAACAUCAAUCUGUGAUUAUAAUCAAUUUUUUUGGUUAAAGCUACAAAUACUUUGAAUAAAAACAUUGAAAUACCUUAAUACUCAUAACAAAACAAUUAUGUUAAUUUGACAUGCAAAUAUUGUAAAAAUUAUAGUUUUAGUCAGUUGUUUUUAAAAAUACAAGAAUUAUAUGUAAGUCACUUUACAACUGCAUGGAUAUACUGGGCCUACUUUUAACAUGAUUCAUGAAAUGAUGCAAAUUCAGGGAUAGGACUAAUAAAAAUGUUUUCACAGAAGAUGUCAUUGUGAACCUGAGAGGUUGCCUCUCUAUUUAUAGGUUAUAUAAAAAUAUACAAUUAAAAUUGUUUACAUUAUGUUUAAAAAAAAAAAAAUCAUUCGGGCUAUUUGCAGCCUAUUGUAGAGUAACCUAUAAGAAAUUAUUAUUAUUUAAAUUAUUUAAGCAAUGCUUCUGUUCAGUCAUAAUGCUUGGAUUCUUUAUGUUUCUUUUAAUUGCAAUGUGAUACUUAGACUAGACUACUGUUUUGGGUUAGGUUAGCAAUGUCUCAUUAUUUCUAUGGUUACUCUUCUCCACGGAGCUGUAAGCUACUGUAGGCUACUCUCUGUUGCACUUAGCGCGCCUAAUUUUGAAUGUGCAUCUGAAGCUCGUCUCUGAUUGGAUAAUGACGUGAGGGCGGGAGGAGAAGAGCGCCUAGUUCAUGACUAUCGCUAACGAGCCAGCAGCACCAUUUGCUGAGUGGAGAGAGAAGACGGGAGCAGAAAACGUCGAACUUUUAGCAACUAAGUUUGUAGGACAAAUUACAAACAUACGAUUUCAAGUGGUUUUUUGAGGAUCUGAGUUUGUUCGUCAGAAAGUUUGCACGGUAAGUUUUAUAUCUUGGCGACUUUUUUUCGAGAUAAAAGCACCAGUUGAUAUUUAGACCAAUGCGCCAUAACCUAGCGCUAGCAUGCUAGUUCAGCUGAAAAGCACGGGCAAACAUUUGAAGUACUAAAAAUGAUCAUCUGCGUCUUUUGUAAAAAGGUAUUGGUCACAUUAAGAGGCUAUGUACUACAUUGCAGAGUGCAUAAGAAUGAGCCUUGUUGUCUUUUUAAAUGUGUUGGCGCCAAUUGCAGUCAAACAUUCACCACGUACUCUGCUUUCAAGGGGCAUUUUUAUCGUGUGCACAAUGCACCUGCACUUCAAGCUGCUCCUAAAGCUCUUGUUGCAGAUUUAAAAUGUGCGGUUUCAUUAUGUGCCCGCCAUUUUCAAACAGUGAAAGAGCUAGUGUCUCACUUAAAUGAUCAUAUUGCAGAGGGCAGGUCUGUGUCAUGUCCAGUAAGUGUUUGUAAGCAUGUGUUUACAAAAAAGUCAUCAUUUACUUCUCACAUGUGUAGGAAGCAUAAAGCAUGUUCCCCAGAUGGUAUUGAUGACAUGUACAAGGAAUCUCAACCUCAGCCCCUAAAUGACAGUACAGAACAUUCGGAAAACACACAUGAAGCCAUGCCAUCUGCUAGUUCAGCCAGUGAUAUGCCAGAGAACGAUAGUCAGUCUUAUCUCAGAAACAUGUGUCUGUUUUACCUUAAACUGCAAGGACAGCUGCUAAUUCCUGCCUCUACUAUACAGACUAUUGCUGAGGAAAUGCAGAAUGUGCACGAAUUGGGUCAAGCCUACAAAAUAAAUAAGGUACUGUGAAGUAACACGAAGUGAGUUUUAUGCUGAUCCGAAUGCCUGUGGUCCUCCACGCACUCCAGAGACAUAUGACGCGGCUGUUGCUGAUCUCCAGUCUGAAACUAUCCAAGACGUCAGAGGAAUAAAGGUGGCAUUUCUUCUUCAGUGCAAGUAUGAGUGACUCAGAGCGAACCUUCCUAGAUGUCGCCAUCACGGAAGUCCUACCAGAACUUCAAGCGGUGAACAAAAGCAUCCUGGAAGAGCACUUGCAGUCCAUUGGAGUUGAGACAAGUGAUGAUCUACUCUUCGUAACGGAGGCAGAUUUGAUGACAGUAUUAAGACCUGUACAAGCAAGAAAGCUUCUUUCUGCUUGGAAACAGAAAUACCAAACUCCAGAGAACAGCUCACUGUCAUCUGUGGAAGCCUCAUCCACCCAGUCGCUGUCAUUGCUCUCUGUUUCACCCCAAAGUCUAUCGUCGACCUCCUCCAGCAGCCCAGGAUGUGACACACAUUGGGAUGACAACUUUGAAAUUCCAUGGAGUAAACUUCCUGCAGAAGUGGUGCAUUUUCUGGAGAGGGGGAAAAGGCCUUGCCCAAAACUGAGAAGGCAAAUGGUCCGGAUUGUUGUGACUGAGAUGAUGGAAAAAUGCCCUCAUGUAGGUAGAAAACAUUCAGUUGACGUUGCAAAAAAAAUGGUGGCAAAAUAUCCCAAUUCUCUGCAAGAUGUAAUAGAGGGUGAUAUUGUUGGCGCAGGCUACCUUUCCCUUGUCAAACAGUUGCAGAACAGAAUUGAAAAUGUAAGGCGCACUUCAACACCCAAAAUAAGAAAAAGAAAACAUCAGACUGACUCAGACCACACAGACGAGAUCCCUUUGGAAGAAAGAGCAGCAAUGCAGGAUACAUACGGGUGCAUUAAAUGGAAUGUAGAAUUUCUGCCUCUUGAAGAAACUCCAGAGAGCCAACAGCAAAAGAUGGAAAAACUCAAGGUGAUGUUCCAGCAAGCUGAUGCCAAUCCAGAUGAGGUAAAAAGUCUAAUGAAGUCCACUUAUUACACACAACGUCAGCAUGUCAAUCAGGGGAAAAGUAUCAAAUGCCUUAGAGAGGAGUGGCCGUUUUGGUUUGAUGAACUUGGCAUGUCUGUCCACUUCAAGGAACUUACUGGGAUUGACCUCAAAGAGACAUUCACACGAAAUUUGGAUUUGAAGGGGAAAAGGCUUCUGGACUACAUGACCACAGUUGCUGUCAGCAAAAGCAAGGCGUUCCUUCAGACUUAUGCAAGGCUUCAGAGGAUGCGGGGACCGCAGGGUGGCUGCUCAGAUGAUGUGAAAGAGAUGGUCCUGCUUCUGCUCAGCUACUUUGAAGAGAAGGAGGAGUCCAUGCUUUUCUGUGUUGAAGAUACAUGUCUGGCAGAUGAGGUACAACUGGAGCAAGUGCCUCUGACACCCACUAUUAUUGUGUGUGGACAGUCCUGCUAUUCGUCAAGAAGAUACAUGCUGAGUAUUGAUCGGAACCUCGUCAGCACAAACAUAUCCUCCUUCAUUUCUGCACUGUGCCUCAUGUUCGGGAGCUACUACAAUUUUAACAUCCAUUAUCCAUCUGAGCUGGCUUCCACUCUAGAGUUUCUUCAGAGGUGUUUCUUCUCCAUAAACCCAGAAAAAGGAACCAAAGUAGAGAACAAAAACUCAAAGCGUCGUCUCAGUGUGAACCCUCGAGUCCUCACCCUGAUUCAGGAUCUCGCCGACCACGAGUGGCGCCAAGCCUAAAUCUUGACUCUCUGUGGACUCUUAGUUUUACUUUGUUAAUUGUGUUCCACAAUGUGUACUGAAACCUUUUACUGGUCGAAUGCAUGAAGCCAAUUCAUGAAGAUUUUCUUGCUUUGAAGGAAUGUUCUUUAUAAAAAAAAAAAAACAUGCUGCUACUGCAGUGUAGUUUUGUUUCACCACGUGGUUUUCGGAUGUGUUUUCUGACCAAGGUCAUGGUUGUGGUGACAGCAGGGUGCGUGUUGCGUUGCAUGGUGAUUGUGCCAAAAAUGAUCAUAAUGUGAUUUUUGUUUUAAAGUCUUAACAGGUUAUUUAACUUUUUCUGGUAGAGGGUCUAACAAAUGCUUGUUUCAUGAACAUGGUUCUUGCUUUGCAGGAAUGUUCCACAGCUUUUAUAGCUUAUAUUUUGAUUGAAUUGUGUAGUUGCUGUGUGCCCUGCAUAUUGUUAGUUGGAAAAAAUGCAUCCAAUUGCUGUCAUUUGGCUAACCUGGCUGCAAAAUAAAUUUCCCAAAAGUGAAAUUUUCCUCUCUUGUGUUUUCUCAAGAUGUAUUUUUGCAUGUUUGGGUGUAGGCUUAGCAGUAAUAAAUUUGCUGGUGUAUGGUUAAAAAUUUACAUUAAAACAUAAAAAUACAACAUAAUAGAUUUUUAUGUAUAUUAUGCACAGUUUCACCGUUGUUCUACCAUUUUAAAUUGGUUUUUUGUUCGAU